UGAGAGUAUAUAAGCAGCGCAAUUGUGCUCAACAAAUCGUACUCGUCUUCUAGACCUCUACAGAUCAUCAACCCAACAACAAACAACCCAAAUAAUAAUCAACAUGAAAGUCUUCGUUGCUCUCGCUUUUGUUGCCAUUGUUGGCUUGGCCACCGCUGCUUUGACUGAUGAGCAAAAAGAAAAACUCAAGACCUACAAGAAGCAGUGUCUGGAUGCCACCCCCGGUCUGGAUGCCGCUUUGAUCGAAAAAGCAAAGAACGGCGAAUUCUCCCAAGAUGACAACCUGGCUGCUUUCCUCAAGUGCUUCGGCGAAAAAGUUGAGUUCCUUAAGGCUGACGGAAGCUACAACGUUGAGGUAAUCAAGGAGAAGUUGGCCAAGAAGACCGGAACUGAUGUAUCCGCCAUUGUUGACAAGUGCGUUGAGAACGACCAGAAGGACGCUAAGAAGAACGCCCUUCAUCUUGCUGAAUGCCUCAAGAAGAACGUCCCCAAGCACGAGGGUGUCUUCUAAGUAUCCAGUAUUCGACCUUUUUUGACCUUUUAUAAAAAGAGCCGCUCAGGUAUUAACUUUGUAUCAAACAUGAAAACGUGAUCAGAUUAUUACUAAACAAUACGACUAAAUAAAUUAGUUUAAGAAAA